ACAGCCCUUAAUUAUAAGGGCAAGUUACCCUUCCUCUAUUAAUUCCCUGCAUCCUAUUCCUACCCUAACACCAUGGCCUAACAAGUAACAAACAACACACCCCAAAGGCAAAUUUCCCUCAAAUAUUUAGUCUUUUGUCUCUGAUGGGAGAUGGGUGCGUGGUAGAAGCCAUGAACAAUUCCAAUAAGAAGAACGCCAAGAAUAAGAAGAAGAAGAACAGGGGUGGCACCAAGAAGAAGAUGACCCACGAGCAGCUUUUAGCCUUCAAGUUCGUCAGUGAGUGGGUUUUCUUGGAUCGCCCUUCUCCCUCUUCUUCUGCUGUUGUCGAUGAUUUUGGGGUGCAGAAGCCUCUGGGGAGAGGAGGGGAAAAGCUCCUCUUUGAAUUGCACUCACACUCCAAAUCCAGUGAUGGCUUCUUCUCCCCUUCCAAGGUUGUCGAGAAAGCUCACACCAACGGCGUGAAAGUUCUUGCUCUGACAGAUCAUGACACUAUGGCAGGCAUUCCCGAAGCUGUAGAAUCAGCUCGUAAAUAUGGCAUCAAGAUAAUUCCAGGUGUUGAAAUUAGUACCAUGUUUUCUCCAAGAGGAGACUCUGAAGUAGAGGAACCAGUUCAUAUUCUAGCAUAUUACAGCAGUAUUGGACCAACGAGGUUUGAGGAGCUGGACAAAUUUCUAUCAAACAUAAGAGAUGGACGUUUUCUUCGUGCACAGAACAUUGUCUUAAAACUGAACAAGCUCAAAUUGCCUCUUAAAUGGGAGCAUGUUUGCAGGAUUGCUGGCAAGGGGGUUGCCCCAGGGAGGCUUCAUGUGGCCCGUGCCAUGGUUGAGGCAGGUUACGUAGAAAAUCUCAGACAGGCCUUUUCUCGGUAUCUUUUCGACGGUGGACCGGCUUACUCCACGGGAAGUGAGCCUGCGGCAGAAGAAGCAAUAAAAAUGAUUUGUCGUACUGGGGGUGUUGCUGUUCUGGCUCAUCCAUGGGCAUUGAAAAAUCCAGUUCCCAUUGUCAGGAGGUUAAAAGAAGCUGGUCUUCAUGGGAUGGAGGUCUACAAAAGUGAUGGAAGGCUCGCAGCAUAUAGUGACUUGGCUGAUGCUUAUGAACUUUUAAAGAUUGGAGGGUCAGACUAUCAUGGGAAAGGAGGGCAGAAUGAAUCUGAACUUGGAAGUGUGAACCUUCCAGUAGUAGUGUUACAUGACUUCCUUAAGGUAGCUCGGCCUAUCUGGUGCAACGCCAUAAGGGAGAUAUUAGGGUGUUAUGCCGAGGAGCCUUCUGAUUCUAACCUAGCAACAAUUACAAGGUUUGGGAGAACCCGGGUUUUUAAGGGUGGUUCACCCUUGAGUUGUGGACAGGACUUGAUUGAUCAUUGUUUACCUCUCUGGUUGACUAGCCAAGAGAUGGAAAAUGCAGAGUUUGAAGCUAUCAAGUUGAAGUUGUCCAAUGUUUCGGCUAGCCAGGCAGGAAUUCAGGUUCUCGUAGAGACUAAAUAAAAAUUGUGUAACUUGUCUAUGCCACCAAUUUAAUCAUUACCAGUAAUGCUGUCCCUCAAUCUUAAUAUUAAAUUCCUUAGUCAAUUUCAAUUGUCUAUUGAUUCUUUUGAAAAUUUUCUAUGAUCAUUGAGCAAACAUUUCUCACAUUAUUGUUUUAUCUUCUGUCCCUGAUGUAUUUUUCUUAAUGCAAAUUUGUCAGAAAAGAUUGUAUUUACAAAAGUUGAAA